AUGUUUAGGAAAGCUGCUGUAACCACCGUCUCUAAUGGAAACUACUUGCAGGGGCAAGCUAAUGGCAGGUUGCCCUCUAUGGACGGCGGACAGCCAGCCCAGGGGGGAAAAGUUGUGCUGAAGAAGAAAGUGACACUUCUGAGGGGCAUAUCCAUCAUAAUUGGAACUAUCAUUGGAGCUGGCAUCUUCAUCUCUCCCAAAGGCAUCCUGAAGAACACGGGCAGCGUGGGCAUGUCCUUGACUGUCUGGACGGCGUGUGGUAUCCUCUCACUCUUCGGUGCCCUCUGCUAUGCUGAACUAGGAACAUGCAUUAAGAAAUCUGGUGGUCACUACACCUAUAUCCUGGAGGCCUUUGGCCCAUUACCUGCUUUUGUGAGAGUCUGGGUUGAAUUGCUCAUCAUUCGCCCUGCUGCCACAGCAGUGAUAUCGUUGGCAUUUGGACGCUAUAUUUUGGAACCUUUCUUUAUGCAGUGUGAAAUCCCAGAACUUGCGAUUAAACUUAUUACAGCUGUUGGCAUCACGCUGGUGAUGGUCCUGAAUAGCACGAGUGUCAGCUGGAGCGCCCGCAUUCAGAUUUUCCUUACCUUUUGCAAGCUUGUAGCAAUUCUGAUAAUUAUAGUCCCUGGAGUUAUCCAGCUAAUUAAAGGAGAAACACAACACUUUAAAAAUGCCUUUGCGGGGAAUGAUGCCAGCGUUAUGGGAUUGCCACUCGCUUUCUAUUCAGGAAUGUACGCCUAUUCAGGCUGGUUUUACCUCAAUUUCGUUACUGAAGAAGUGGAAAACCCUGAGAAAAACAUACCCCUCGCAAUAUGCAUUUCAAUGAUUAUCGUCACAGUUGGCUAUGUGUUAACAAACGUGGCUUAUUUCACUACAAUCAGUGCUGGGGAAUUGCUGCUUUCAAAAGCUGUAGCAGUGACCUUUGCCGAACGACUAAUGGGAAACUUCUCUUUAGCUGUGCCAGUAUUUGUUGCUCUCUCCUGCUUUGGAUCUAUGAAUGGUGGCAUUUUUGCGGUCUCCAGGAUGUUCUUCGUUGCAUCCCGCGAGGGUCACCUUCCGGAAAUUCUCUCCAUGAUUCAUGUCCGCAAGCACACUCCUCUGCCAGCUGUCAUUGUUUUGCAUCCUCUCACAAUGAUAAUGUUAUUCAACGGGGAUCUCUACAGCCUCCUGAAUUUCCUCAGUUUUGCCAGGUGGCUUUUUAUUGGACUAGUAGUUGCUGGGUUGAUUUAUCUCCGAUAUAAACGUCCUGAUAUGCCUCGUCCUUUCAAGGUGCCUCUAUUUAUUCCAGCAUUGUUUUCCUUCACCUGCCUCUUCAUGGUUGCACUGUCACUUUACUCUGAUCCAGUGAAUACAGGGAUUGGAUUUGCAAUAACCCUGACUGGAGUUCCUGCCUACUACCUCUUUAUUGUCUGGGACAAGAAGCCAAAAUGGUUCAGAAAGCUCCUAGACAGGGUAACUCUAACAUUACAAAUCCUCUUGGAAGUUGUCCCAUCAGAGGAAGACCAGAAAUCAUGA